GUAACUAUGCAAAGACUGGUAUAUCCCAGACAACGUUGAAUAAUUUCAAGUCAAAGUAAGAGCAAAAGCUAUCGUAGGUUACUCCAAACGUGCAUGAUACGCAAAUAAAAGAAUUUCUUAAUCGUUCAUUCUGAGAAGUAACAGUUCGUUGCGGAAUUGCGGUGAAAGUUCUUCUCAUGUGCCAGGGAGCUGUAUUGAGUCAGGCAGAGCAGAGUUUUCAAGACAAGGAAAGCAAUGGCAGUUGUUGGAAAACUAAUAAUGUGGUUGAAAAUGCUAUGGUUGUUAUAUUUCGUGCAUCCUGGAAUGUGUAAAUGUGAUUUAAGAAAAACUGGUGCUAACAUGAAUGCAACAACAUGUCUUAAUGAACUACUUCGUAAAUAUGAUAAAAGAAUUAGACCAGGAAUUUUUGAGAAACCAACAGUUGUUAAGGUGGACAUUCUUAUAGCAAACUUCUGGACGAUAGAAGAAGCUAACAUGGAUUUUACUGUCGAUUUCUACCUCCGACAAUAUUGGACUGACGAACGUCUGAGGUUUCAUGCAGACAACAAGGACCAAAUGCUAACUUUAACUAGCGAAAUUUGGAAAGAAAUCUGGAUUCCCAGUACAUAUUUUAUCGGUAGCAAAAAGGCGUAUUUUCAUGACGUAACCACAGAUAAUUAUCUACUACAAAUAAGUCAAAAUGGCUCAAUAUUCUUUAGUAUGAGAGUAACGGUGACUACAUCCUGUCAACUACGCUUUCAUCGUUAUCCACACGAUCAUCAAACAUGUGCAUUGAAUUUAGAAAGUUACGGCUACAAGGUUGAAGAUGCAGUGUACUUCUGGAAUAACAGAAAUGAUAAUACCUCAGCAGUCGUUAUACCAAGCGAUCUUAGCUUUCUUCAAUAUGAAAUGACUACACUUGUUUUAACUGAGAAAAAUAACUCGUAUAAUGCUGGCAUGUUCUCAUCAUUGAAAGUGAAAUUCAACAUGAAACGUCGAGUCGGAUUUUUUAUCAUCGAAACAUACAUCCCAUCGUGUAUCAUCGUUGCUCUGAGUUGGAUAUCAUUUUGGAUUCCUCCCGACUCGGUGCCAGCACGGGUUGCCCUCGGUAUCACGACAGCUUUAACCAUGGUAACCAUAAGUGGAAGUGCACGUGCCGGGUUGCCACGUGUUAGUUACGUCAAAGCAAUUGAUUGGUACCUACUCAUAUGCUUGUUGUUUGUAUUUGGUGCUAUGUUGGAAUAUACACUUGUUAGUAUUUGUUACGUAAAGACUAAACACUACCUGGGUCGAAGUAAAUCUGAAGGGGAUGUGGAAACUGGUUCGUACUAUCAAGAUAAGCCGGAAGUUGAUUGGUUAGACUCCAGAGAGGAAAACAACCAAAGACCCAAUGGUGGCUUAAUAAGAAAUGGAGGAAGCUACUUACUGCGAAAGUCGCGACGACAGUAUAACAGUCGUACUGAUAAGAAUGGCAUAACAAAACUCGCUAGCAAAGACAAUUAUCCCAUGAUUGUUACCAAUCCAGUAAACAUUGAUAGAUUUGCAAGGGUGGUAUAUCUCGUGCUGUUUGUUCUAUUCAAUAUUUUAUACUGGAGUAUUUUUGUUUGGCUAUAAUUCACUGAAGACCGUUUGAAAGUUACUGGAGAAAGUUCGCCAAGAGUGAAGUUACGUGCUAAAGCAAUUAGCAGGGCCAUGAUAUUAAAAAGAACCGACAACGUUCAAACCGUCAGACGUCAAGAUCGUAGUAUUUUUAAUGACGAAAAUAAUAUAAACAUGGUUUUAAAUAAAGAAGGGAAGAUUAAGGCUUGAGUUACUUAUAUUUAUAUAUAGUUAAUAUAUAAAAUAGUUAUAAUACUUUAAAAAA